ACCAUAGCAUAAUCUCAACGUUUUCAUCCUGAGGAACCUCUUAGGUUGUAUGUACUUCAUGAUACAAACUCGUGACUUCUGCUGUGCGAUCGCAUAGGUUAUACGACAUGUCUUCGAUGGCUCGUUUAAAGAAGUUUGUGCAGUACGUUAGUUCCAAUUUAUUAAAAGAUAAAUGUAUCGUAAGAUACUCGUCCAAAUCAUCCGAGUCUGAAAUACCGAGAAACUUGUUAAGAGAUGUAUACAGCGCCAGUGACCAGCCAGAGAGUGGCGAGAUAUAUGACAAAAAACCUUUCAAGUACCUUUGUGAAGCAGACAAAACGUAUAUGUGGUGCCUGUGCGGAAAAAGCAAAAGUCAACCGUUUUGUGAUGGAACGCAUAAAAAUGUCUUUCUUAAAGUCAAACAAAGACCUGUACGAUUCAAGGUACCAGAAACGAAGGAGUAUUGGCUCUGUAAUUGCAAACAGACAUCUAAUCGACCAUUUUGCGAUGGAACCCAUAAAAGGCAAGAUAUUCAAGAGAAAAUUAAGUUUUAAUUUUGAUCCUGAAGUAAAAGGUCAUUAGCUGAAAUAGUUUGUAGAAAAAGGUCUCUCAAUACAGUAUGUACACUUAUCUUUUAAAAGAAUGUCCUCGUGUAUGCUUAUCCUUUGUUCUGGGUAGAAUCUUACAUGUAAUUACAUUAUUAACUUUUUCCUUUGUAAUACUUUCUAGAAUAGUUAAUUAAUAAAAUGAAAGCCUUGUGAAAACAUGUUAAAAGUGUUAAAUAUAUUGAAAGUGUACAAAUGGAAACAUGCAAAUAUAAAUUAUAUUUCAUAGCUUCA